AUAUAACGUUGUUUCUUCGGUGGCGGCCAUGUUGAUCUAGCCGGAGCCUUCACUGUAAGAGGAAAAAUCAUCUUUGUUUCUUAUCUGAAAGGGAUCAUAUACGUCAGGUACGUUUUAUUAUAAUUAAUAGUCAGAAUUUUUUGCAGAGUUAGUAGGAUAACUGCUCUUUUCUUUUCAUAAGUUAUUUUUUUUUUUAGUUAAAAUGACUUCCAAUUUAUUCUGUGAAGAAUAUUUAUGCUAAACUUUUUAUUCUGAAAACAGUAUUGGUUUCUUUUUUAUUAAAUUACUAAUCGAAAUUUUCUGUUCGAUAGACUCGAUCGAAUGUCGUCGAUGUAAAUCUUAACAAGUUUUGAGAGAUCGCUACAGUAGCGUUCAACUCGUCCUCUACACUGCUUUUUUAAAUUGCACAAUUCAGCAGACAUUGGGCGAAUUGCAAGCAAACACAAAGUGACAGUGUCACAACAGAAAUCUAAUAAACACCCAUCUUCUGUUGUCGCACUGUCCAAUUCGAACAUGAAUAAUAACAAUGAUAAAGUCGAGCCAAUGGAUACAGAUCCUCUUGUAACAAAAGGUUGUGGAGAUAUUACCAUGGCAAAAACGGAUGAAGAUAAACCUGACUCACUCUCCGACAAGGUAUCUUCAAGUGCUGUAGUUCCUAUUUUGGAAGAUGAAAAAAUGGAAGAUGAUGAAGUUCGUGCAGAAGCAACAUUCCGGUUCAAGCUAAUCGGAGUAAGUAAAAUGAAGGAACGUGAUAGCCAUUUGAGUGAACCUUGUAUGGUACGAGGUCUUCCCUGGAAAAUUUUGGCUAUGCAAAGAGUUUCUGCACAUGCUGUAGAAAAACAUAAAUCAUUAGGGUUUUUCCUACAAUGUAAUGCUGAUUCUGAAUCAACAAUGUGGUCUUGUCAUGCUAGUGCAGAACUUCGAUUAUUAGCACAAAGAGAUAGUAUUGAGCCUGUUAAACGUCAAAUACAUCAUUUGUUUUAUAGUAAAGAAAAUGAUUGGGGAUUCAGCCAUUUUAUAGCGUGGGAUGAAUUAAUAGAUCCUCAUAAAGGUUUCAUAAAAGAUGAUGCCAUUGUUUUGGAAGUAUGGGUCAGGGCAGACGCUCCUCAUGGUGUUUGUUGGGACAGCAAAAAACACACAGGUUUCGUUGGUUUGAAGAAUCAAGGUGCAACAUGUUACAUGAAUUCCUUACUUCAAACUCUAUUUUUUACAAAUCAAUUGCGGAAGGCUGUUUAUAUGAUGCCAACAGACUCUGACGAUCCUUCAAAAAGUGUUCCACUAGCCCUACAACGUGUUUUCUAUGAACUGCAAACAUCAGAUAAAGCGGUAGGUACUAAAAAAUUGACCAAAUCCUUUGGAUGGGAAACCUUAGACUCUUUCAUGCAACACGAUGUUCAAGAGCUAUCCAGAGUUCUAUUGGAUAAUAUGGAAAGCAAAAUGAAAGGAACCUGUGUAGAGGGUACAAUACCUCGCCUUUUCGAGGGUAAAAUGUUGUCAUAUAUCAAAUGCAAACACAUAGAUUACGUGUCAGAGAGACAAGAAGCGUUUUAUGAUAUUCAGUUGAGAGUUAAAGGACAGAAAGACUUGCAUCUGUCUUUUAAAAAUUAUAUAGCGGUUGAGACUCUUGAUGGCGAUAAUAAGUAUGAUGCAGGGGAACACGGCAUGCAAGAGGCUGAAAAAGGUGUAUCUUUUAUUUCUCUACCACCUGUACUACACCUUCAGUUAUUACGAUUUCAUUAUGAUCCUGCCGCUGAAUGUAUGGUGAAAGAUAACGAUCGAUUCGAAUUUUUUGAACAGAUAAAUCUGGAUAGUUAUCUAAAGCGAUCUGAUGACGAUGAUCCCGCUACUUAUGUUUUACAUGCGGUACUAGUUCACUCCGGAGAUAUUCAUGGUGGCCAUUAUGUGGUUUAUAUAAAUUCGUCUGGAGACGGACAAAGAUGGUGCAAGUUUGAUGAUGACGUAGUAUCUACUUGCACAAAGCAGGAAGCAAUCGACCACAAUUUUGGUGGGUCACCUGGUGAAGACGAUGAUUCUUCUCCCCCCGUUCGUAAUUGCACGAAUGCUUAUAUGCUAGUCUAUAUGCGUCGCUCAAAAAUACUUUCCUUACUGAAAAAUGUUCGAGAAGAGGAUAUACCCGACGUUCUUGUUGAACGACUGACCGAGGAAAAGAGAGUUGACACUCAAAAGCGACGUGAAAGAAAUGAGGCUCAUUUAUAUUUAACAGUACGUGUUCUAACAGAUCAUCAUUUAGGUUUACAUCAUGGAGCAGAUCUUAUUGAUACCAGCACUGUCAAGCCAAUCGUUAUGAGAGUAAAAAAGAACGAUACUUUUGCUGAAAUGCUAACGCAGCUGUCUCAAACUCUAAAAUAUCGAAAGGAUGAAAUGCGAAUUUGGCCUCUUGCAACGCGAACUAAUGGAUCCUUACGUCCUAUGCUGCUAGAUUGGGAUGACACUAAAAACAAGACCAUCCUAAACGUAUACCACGAGCAGGCAUAUCAAUCUGGACCUAGUUCCAGUCCAUUUCUUAUUUGGGUUGAAUUACCCCCGCCACACCUUCGUUGCUUGCCCGCUUAUAACAAAGAACGGGAUGUUUUAUUUAUGCUCAAGUACUAUGAUCGAACCACUCGCACAUUAUCUUACGUGGGCCAUGCGCAUUUAAAUAUCGCCAAGUCGUUAGAAAACAUUUUGCCUGUGAUGAGAACUGCAGCUGGUUUGCCUGCAAAUUGCGAUUUGUUAGUGUACGAGGAAGUCAGUAUGCCAAGAUUAGAACAGAUUCAUGAUGUCAGGUUGCCUGUUGAUAAAGUUUUUGAUGAACUUAUCGACGGCGAUAUCUUGGUUUUUGAAAAGGCUGUUAGCAAACCUGUUCGAACUCAACAGUCUAGAAGAUCUGUUAAUGCCAAUGGUGUUUACAUAAUCAGUGGUUUGGAUCUUCCAAAUGCACCAGCAUAUUUUCGAUAUUUAGCUGAAAAGAUUGAUGUUCACUUUCGAUAUAGACAUAGGCCAAAUGAGGAUGGAUUUAUUCUCGAAUUGACUGUUAGCAUGAAAUAUCAUGAUAUAGUAAAAGCAGUAGCCGAACACCUGAAUGUUGAAGAUUCAUUAACUGUUCAAUUAAUCAGAGCUCACAAUUGUACACUUUCCCCAGCAAAUCCAGUUAAAGGAAAUUUUGACGGAAUUUUAAAAGAUUUAAUUAGUCCGCAGAAAACACACCACCUCUUUUAUGACAUUUUAGCUAUACAAGUAACAGAAUUGGAAGUUCGCCGCCAAUUACAAAUUUUAUGGACGCCAAUACCGACGUCUUCUGGUGUCACACUAACGAUUUAUCCUCUUAGAUCAGGUACAGUUAAAGAUAUUUUAGAUGAAGUGCGACGAGCAGUACCCGAAAGUGAUAGACAAAUUGCUCAACAACAACUUCGUUUGCUCGAGAUAUUUGCUUAUCGGAUCACUACAGUACAUGAACUAACUGCAGCAGUUGAAUCUGUCGGAACGACUGGAGCUUCGACAAAUAAAAUACUUCGAGUAGAACCGAUACCUAAAGAUGAAAUGGAGUUAACUGCUAGCGAAGCUUUCGUUUACUGUGCGCACUUCCAUAAAGAUACAUUUUCAACUCAUUCCUCACCUUUUGUCGUUAAGCUUACUGAUGGUGAACUUUGGUCGAAAAUUCGUUCUAAGGUUUUAGAGAAAGCAGAUGUUAUUUCUGACUCUGAUAAUGUUCGUUUGGCACUCAUUCAGUCAAACAAACCUGUAUACAUUCAAACAGAAUCUACUAAUAAGAUUGACAUUGAUAAUUUUCGAGCCGUAUCUGGAAACUCAAAACCAUGGAUUGGUAUUGAUCAUCCUAAUAGGUCAAGUAGUGCGAAAAGAACCAAGUAUAGUUCAUACAUGGAGAAGGCGAUCAAGAUACAUAAUUAA